ACCCAGCGUCUUAUGAGUGAGCAUGAUCUAAAGUACUCUCGCAGUCUGAACCGCAAGUCGCUGAACAAGGACAAAUGCAGCAGCGGCAGCAGCUACAGAUAAAAUUAUAAUCCCUCCCUGUUACUUUAAUCAUUCUGUAAACUGGAGGAAGAUCGGAGGACGAGGAUCUCCUGCUACUGCUGCUGCUGAACUUGGUGAGGCAGAGAUCUCCGCCAGCGCACUAUCUUCACUGAGUGGGGAAGAUCUAAGAGACCUUAGCAGUCACUCCCAGUUGACUUCGUAUUAGGCAAGACUGUGCAUGCAUGACGACGAGAGAGGAGGUGAACAAUGCUCGCAGGAUGCCCUCCUUCCUCAUCGACGCGAGAUAUUCUGUAGGCGAGUGCGGGAGUCCUUCAGUCCUUGGCCUCGUUGGAACGAAAAGAGGGAGAGGAGAGCAUUUGUUUGUCCCACGGUCGCGCUCGAGCUGCGAGCAGCGGCUGCAGUGCCAAGUGUGACGAUGGUCGAGGACGUACAGAGUACUAGUACUGUAGUGGAGGAUAUGAUAUCGGACUUGCCAGCUGCGCUGGAGUCUGGAGCUCCGUCCUUCCGCAGGGCCAGGCAGUAGGGCGUAAUUCUGCCCGGGAGGAAGGAUCGACGGCUAGACCAUCACGGGUCAUCGAUGAGGGAGGAUGUAGUGGGCGUUAUGAUACAUUCGCCAGUCAGAAAUCCCCGGAGUGG